AUGCCGCGUACGUCGAGUUCGGACAAGGGUUACUCUCCGGCGAAUGUCCCCCGCACGGACAUGAUUACGAACAAGCAGUUCAACCACCUCAGGCGCGCCAUGCCGUUUAAGAACUUCGGGUGGUACCAACAUAGUGAUCCAUCUUGCAAGCUUAACAGGGAUCGUGUAUGCGAUGAUAGUGGCGAGAAUGACGGUGACGAGGAUAACAACACCGGUAGUGGCGACAGCAGCGACGAGGACAGCGACGGCGACAGCGACGAGAGCAGCAACGAAGGUUCUGACUCUGAAGAGCGGAUGGACACGGCCAAGGACCUGCAGGAGAUGAUAGCGACAACGAGACCGUAA